GUGCAUUUAACCCUCCACUCUUCGAACGAUAAACCCAGAAAGAAGUAAAGAACACCGCGCUCCACUACAGUCCACGCUACACACACACACACACACUCUACUCUCUCUCUGACCUUGGCAAAGUCUCAAGGGUUGGCCCAAGUGCUGCCAUGGCGGUUGGACUCAUCGCCGCCGCAACCCCCAAACCCUUCCGUCUCUUCCAGCACGCCCUCCUCCAAAAACCCUCACCCCUCUUCACCUCCUUGGCUCUCCGCCGUAGCAAAAUCCACAAAACCAGAAGAAAAACAUGCUUCACUAUCUGUGUGAUCAUGGAGGACCAAAACCGAAAUUCCCCGUUGGAGAAUCUCAAAGCGGAAGAUCCUGGUGGUAUGAAUUCUCAGAUCCCAUCCAUACGUGUGACAGAGAGGUUGGCCAGGAAGAGAUCGGAGAGGUUCACUUAUCUCGUAGCCGCUGUUAUGUCUAGCUUUGGUAUUACUUCCAUGGCUGUCAUGGCUGUUUAUUAUAGAUUUUCUUGGCAAAUGGAGGGUGGAGAGGUGCCCUUGUCUGAAAUGUUUGGUACAUUUGCUCUCUCUGUGGGUGCUGUGGUGGGUAUGGAGUUUUGGGCAAGAUGGGCUCACAAAGCUCUCUGGCACGCUUCCUUAUGGCAUAUGCAUGAGUCGCACCAUCGACCAAGAGACGGUCCGUUCGAGCUCAACGAUGUUUUUGCCGUAAUCAACGCCGUCCCUGCUAUUGCUCUCCUGGCCUAUGGUUUCUUCCACAAGGGCCACGUGCCUGGCCUGUGUUUCGGCGCUGGUCUUGGAAUUACGGUGUUUGGCAUGGCGUACAUGUUCGUCCACGACGGUCUGGUUCACAAAAGAUUCCCAGUGGGGCCCAUCGCCAACGUGCCCUACUUCAGGAGGGUCGCUGCGGCUCACACGCUCCAUCACUCGGAUAAGUUCGAUGGUGUGCCCUACGGUUUGUUUUUGGGACCUAAGGAACUGGAAGAAGUGGGAGGGCUGGAAGAAUUGGAAAAGGAGAUAAGUAGGAGAAGCAAAUCGUAUAACGGCGGAUGAUUAUCAAUGGGACCCCGUUUUGUAGCUCGAAUAUUUAUCAGAGUACGUAGAUGUAAUAAGUAGAGUGAUCAAAUAUCAAUGGUUUUGAUGAAGGACAGGAAAAGAAGUAGGUAAAAAGAAGGAAACAGUAAAUUGGUAAAAAGCUUGAACGAUCUUCUUAUCUUGUGUGUUUUCUUUAUGAGGUGGAUAUCAUGAGAAUGAAAGACAAGUACAUGCAGAACUUAUAUGGAAUUAUAGACGACAGUGUCCCAGCCAUACCCAUAUAUAUGAUUGAACAGCUCUUUGCUUCGAGUUUGUAUUCAGUUGUUAUACAAAUCCCAAGAUAGUAAGAGUCAGAGUGUUUCUUAA